GUUGGGGAAAAGAAAAUCAAAAUAAGAGGAAAAGGCUGAAAGAUAGAGUUGAAGAAAUUCCCCCAACCCAACCCAACCCACCACAAAGCCUCCUCCUCUUCACCCUUUCAGGGCCUUAAAAGCUCAGCGACGAGAAGAAUUAUUAAGAAAAAUCAUCUCUUUUUGCGUGUAAUUUUACAAAGUGUGUAAGACUAAAGCUUUGAAACUAUAAUUUUUCGGAGUAAUAAAGAUUGAAUCUUUCUUGAAUACUGGAUAGGAAAAAUCUUAUCUUUAUCAGUCUUACUGCUGCUGCUGUUGCUGUUGCUGUUGCUGCUACUUAUUCCUAUGGAUCCAUUUGAUGUGGUGUCUUCAUGUUUAGAGCUUUGCAAAGGUUUUGGGUGAUUUUCGCAUGAUAUUUGAUCUUGUCAUUUUUGAAUAGAGACCCUACCGUAUUCAGUUAUCUGUAGAGAAAAUAGAGAAAUAGAAAAGAAUGAACUUUUCAGGAAAAGGAGCUCUUGUUACCGAGAAAAAACUACCAGCCACAAAGUUAACUUCCUUGAACCCAAAUGCUGCAGAAUUUGUUCCAUCUUCUUUUAGAUCACCAACUGGAAGUGCUAGCCCUGCAGAAGCAUCCUCCAAGUUCAUUACAACUACUACAACAACAUUAGGAAAAUCGGUGCUUGACAGGUCGGAGUCAUCUGCCUCCAAUGUCUCAAAUAACUCUGAUGAUGAGGCCCAUCAGUUUUGGCGUCGCCAGCUUCCUGAUGACAUCACACCUGAUUUCAAGGUGAUGGGGGAGGAUGAUUCCCAAGGAAUCAAUAACCUUUCACUCUCGGGCUUGUCAUUAGGUGACGUCAAUGAGGUUUCUAGAUUCCCUGCUUCUGCAGGAAGUGGCUUCAUUUUUAAGGACCAGCAUGAGUUAUCUCCUCAUCCUACAAAUGGAAAUAACUUCGCUGAGAAGAUGAGAUUUCCCGCUUCAUCCUAUGAUGAGGACCUAACCCCAGGCAAUUUCAGUAGUUUAUCAUCUCCAAAACCUUGGGACAAACAUCUCCUGAAUAAUGACUUAUUUCUUCCCGGUGCUAGAGAAGGUGCUCCUUAUAAUGGAAAUUCCCGUCAUGGAUUCCCAUCAGGCGUGAUGAAUGAACAACAAUAUCUGGACAAUAUGGACGUGAAUCCGGUUGAGUUUUUGGCCUCUCAGUUCCCUGGUUUUGCUGCUGAAAGUGUUGCCGAGGUUUACUUUGCUAAUGGGGGUGAUUUGAACUUGACAAUUGAAAUGCUGACACAACUUGAGCUUCAAGUUGAUGGUGGUCUGAAUCAGAAUAUCAAUUCAAAAGCACUAUCUGCUCCGAAUCUCAAUGCAAUGGAGUUCCCUGCACUUUCUUCAAUAGAUGGCCAAAACGGAGUGUCUAAGUUUGCUGCUGAUGAGCUCCAACAGGGUAUGAACCCUUACAGGCCUUCCGAAAAAGAGAAUCUACUCUUUUUCAAGUCUAGCGCUUCAUUUCCCUCCAGAGGCGCCGUGGAUUUUGCUUCUGCUGUCAGGAAAAUGCCACCUCAAGAUUCUGGUGUGUGGAAAUAUGACCGAAACAAUUCCUCAGAUGCAAAUGCAGGAUCGAGUAGAAGUUCACAAAUAUUAGCUAGCUCGUACAGCAGUGGCCAGGUAAGAGGGAUUUACGGCGAUAGGUUGCAGAGUCGGGGAUCGUCUCGUGCAGUGCCUGUGUGGCUGGAAACUGGAGAUGUUGUUGCAAAUAUGUACACUGAGAUGCGGGAGGAAGCUCGUGGCCAUGCACGUAUACGCAAUGCUUAUUUUGAACAGGCUCGGCAGGCAUAUCUCCAUGGCAACAAGGCUUUAGCAAAGGAGUUGAGCAUUAAAGGUCAACUCCACAACAUUCAGAUGAAGGCAGCUCAUGGAAAAGCUCAAGAUUCUAUUUACAGACAGAGAAAUCCUGGAAGUACCGAGAUACAGGCUAACGGGAGGGGAGUACAGGAAAGGAUCAUAGAUCUUCAUGGCCUCCAUGUUAGUGAAGCUCUACAUGUCCUCAAACGCGAGCUGUCCCUGCUGAGGAACGCGGCCAGAUCAGCAGACCAACGAUUGCAGGUUUACAUAUGUGUUGGAACAGGUCACCACACCAGGGGUUCUCGGACUCCUGCAAGACUUCCAAUCGCUGUUCAGCGUUACCUGCUUGAAGAAGAGGGACUUGAUUACUCUGAGCCCCAGCCGGGUCUCCUAAGGGUUGUGAUAUUCUGAAUCAAUAUCAGUCAGGAAGGUAUAGGAAAGUUCUUUUUUGACACGUAGCAUAAGUAACCCCCAUUUCAUCAGUCAUCGAAGCUU